AUGGCCAAGUCUAAGCAGAAGAAGGUGGCCAAGCGACAGGAAGUCCAGCAGCCGACGCCUCCAGCACAGAAUGAGGAUGAAAGCGAGGACGAGGCCGAGUCGGAUGUGGACAUCAUCGUAGACGGCGAGCUGGAGAAGGACGAGACGGAAGAAGAGCUUGAACGGUUGGUCUUUGGUGACAGUGUCGGUUUCAGAGAAGGUCUCAAAGAUGUGCACAUGGAAGACGCCGAGGAUGGCGACGAAGAUGAGGAUGCGACAGGCAGUAUGAAAGGCUUGGACGAUGCGCAACUCUUCUUCACAGACACCGGCGACGACCAAGCACUCUACCAGCCACCUGAGACCGCCUCCGACAACGAAAGCGACGAUGGCACGUUACGGUCAAAACAGCCGCCUGCAUGGGAAGACAGCGACGAUGAACGAACACUGGUCUCACUAGCAUCCGUAUCUCGGUUGAGGAAGCUACGGCGGACGGAAGCAGAGGAUGUCGUCAAUGGCAAGGAGUAUGCGAAGAGGUUGAGGAAACAAUUUGAGCUGUUGAGUCCGGUACCCGAGUGGUCACAGACUGCGCUGCAAAAGCCAGCUAGGAAGAAGAGGCGAAUGUCUGGACAUGGCUCGUCAGGAGAAGAAGACUCGGAUGCAGAGAUGGACUCCGACGACGUGCCAUCCGCUGCCCCUCUGUCGAAACUGCUGCAGGAUGCAGAGUCAUUAGUCCGACAAGCAGGCCCUGGUGCGGGCAAGAAGCGUAAGAUUCGACCGGAAGUCAUCGACAUACAACGCCAGAAGGACAUUCCAGGAGUGCAGCCUAGCGCGAUCACCUCACUGUCCUUUCACCCAACAUUGCCCUUGCUACUCUCCUCGGGACCAUCCUCGACACUUUACCUCCACCACCUGGCCUCCUCACCACCAGCACCAACGCCAAAUCCUCUCCUGACCAGCCUGCACAUUCGCGGAUCCGAGCUGACGACAACUUCAUUCCACCCAACCGACUCUCGCAUCUUCCUCUCCGCCCGACGACGCUACUUCCACAUCUGGAACCUCCAGACUGGUCGUGUCGAGAAGAUCACCCGCGUCUAUGGCCAGCAACACGAGCAGAAAUCGAUGGAACGCUUCAAGCUGUCCCCCGACGGAUCUUGUAUGGCCCUUCUGGGCUCAACAAAGAAGGGCGGCGGUGUAAUCAAUAUCCUCUCCGCCACCACCCUGCAAUGGAUCAGCCAAGUCCGAAUCGAGUCCCGCGGCGGCAUAGCAGAAUUCGCCUGGUGGCGAACAGGCGGAGGUCUCUGCAUCAUCGGCAAGAACGGAGAAGUCACAGAAUGGUCCCUCACCGACCAACGCGUAGUAGCACGCUGGCAAGACGAGGGAGCCGUCGGCACCACCACCCUCGCGCUCGGAGGCCGACAUGAACUGAUCAAAUCCCCCAUCGGCAACGACAGAUGGAUCGCAAUCGGCAGCAGUUCCGGCAUCGUCAAUAUCUACGACCGACGCGUAUGGCUUGAAAAUGUCUCUGCGGACACACAACCCAUACCAGAACAGCCCAAGCCGACGAAGACGCUUGAUCAUCUUACGACUCCGACUUCCCAUUUGGCGUUCUCGCACGAUGGACAAAUCCUGGCGAUGGCGAGUAAGUGGAAGCGGGAUAGUAUGAGGUUGGUACAUUUGCCCAGUUGUACGGUGUUCAAGAAUUGGCCUACGAGCAGUACGCCUCUGGGCAGAAUCACAGGUGUGGCGUUUGCGGAUGGUGGUGUUGUAGAGGGCAGCGAUGCGUAUGCUGUUCUCGCGGUGGCGAAUGAGCAGGGAAAGAUUAGGAUUUGGGAGAUAAGGUAG